AUGAAGAUUCUGGAGGCUCAAUCAGCAGUAUUGACAAAUUAUGAGGUGUACUGCCAUCUGGUCGAACAAGAGGAGCGUUAUGAGCGUCGAAAAAAUGAAAGAAUUGAGCGAUUAAAAGAAAAGAAAGGGAAAGGAGGCAAACUAGUAAAGUUCGAUCCAUCGGACAGGCGGCCUGGAAAUCUUGCGACGCUAUCAAUUGAGCUCCUCGAAUACCUUCGCGCGCCGCCAUCACCGCUUGGCUCAAGUCCUUUGCCAUAUGAUCAAGGAACUAUUAAAAGACUUCUCGAAGGGUUGCGACCUUGGGACUUCACAAAAGGAGAGAUUAUAAUGAUCUUAAAUCUGCGACCUACAACAGCAGCCAAUUUGAAUACAAUCGUCGAGGAAAUGGUUGACCGUUUCCCUGACGAGGCAGAUCAAGAGGCUAUACUGAAUGUCAUAAUAGAUGUGCUCGGCCAACCAGACCAGAAAGCGGAACGAGAAGCCAUGGACGAGAGUAAGGAUAAGAACAAGCAAGCAGAAGAAGCUCAUGAGGCGGCUAAAGAUGAGAUGGACGUUGGCGAAUAG